AUUUACCGUUUGUAAUUUUUAGGUUAAAUUGUUGAUUCGCAAUUUUGAUUUCAGCCGGCAAAUAGUUUGCAAUAAAUAAUAUAUCAUGAAAUCUAUGUUAAGAGUUGUUUUAUCGAGAAAUGUGCCAUUUGCACGUAUUAACAUUAUUCGAUUUGCGUCGAACGAUGCCAAAAAACAAGAGCAGGAACCACAAAAAGUUGAAGAAAUUGUUAAAAACAUUACUAUUGAGAAAUAUGGUGGUAUCACAACAUUAAACAUAGAUCGUCAGAAGUCAAGGAACAGUCUGGAUGAAGCUACACUCCAUGAAAUGACAGCCGCAAUAAAUGCUUUCGAUAAAGACCCAGAGUCCAAAGUACUGGUCUUCAAUGGUGAAGGUGGGACAUUCUGCUCUGGUUUUGACCUUGAUGAGAUGGGAUCCAAAGGUUAUAAUAUUCUUCGAGAUGCAGCUUCAAGACUUCUCAGACGACCUCUAUGUGAUAAGCCCACAAUAGCAGCAGUAACAGGUUAUGCUGUUGCUGAAGGAUUUGAAUUGGCAUUAGCUUGUGAUCUACGUGUUAUUGAGGAUACUGCUGUAGUUGGUUGUCUCGGCAGAAGAUUUGGGGUGCCACAAAGUAUAUAUGGAGCCCGACGUCUGACAAGUCUGAUAGGUCUGUCGCGAGCACUAGACCUGUUGAUGACAGGUCGCCUGAUAACUGGCACUGAAGCACAUACAAUGGGACUGGCCUGCAAACUUACUUCUACUGGAACAGCACUUGGCGAAGCAGUUAAAUUAGCCAAAUCUCUGGUCAAGUUCCCGCAAAAUGCAUUAAUUAUGGAUAAGUUGGCUGCAGUAAACUCCCAACUGAACCCCAAUAGUGAAGAGAGCAUGAGAGAAGAGGCGAUCAUUGCCAGCCUGCUCGGAGGUGCUAUUCAAGACAUAGAUGAGGGUGUCAAGAAAUUCCAGAAAGGUAUUGGUAAACACGGCAAGUUCUACAGGUUAACAGAAGUUCCGUUGAAGGAUUGGGAGCUUGAGGAAACAUAUGAAGAAGUUACAAUACAAACUGAUAAAGGGGAAAAGAAACCUUAAGUUUUAAUAUAAGUUAGCAUGUAUAAAUUGUUUGUACUAAAUAUUUCUAGUCGCAUAGUCAAGACUUAAAAUAAAUGUAGGCCUUAAAUAUGCCCUUUAUUCUGUAACCUUGCCUUCGGACAGUCUGAAGUGUGGAUUGUCAGUGUUAUGUUAACCAAUGGUAUGUCAAUAUUCAAGAUUUGAUCUUUCUAGUAUUAUAUUCAGGUUGUUGUGUUAAAAAUAUUUAAUUUAUAUAAAGUUAUUUUCGUAAAUUAAAGUUGAUUAACUGUGGGUUUCUGAGGUUUGAAUCUCCGUUUAUCUUGUUAUCUCUGUUAUGUCAAGAAUGAUAGGGAUGGCGAUAUGUUUUUUGGAGAUUUUGAUCUCAGAAGCCAACAGU